UCUCGCUCCUCAGAGGUAGAAGCAACGCGGAGGAGACGGGAGUGACCUGCUAUCGCAGCUGCCACCAUGAGCCUCCUCAACAAGCCCAAGAGUGAGAUGACCCCAGAGGAGCUGCAGAAGCGAGAGGAAGAGGAAUUUAACACAGGUCCACUCUCUGUGCUCACACAGUCGGUCAAGAACAACACCCAGGUACUCAUCAACUGCCGCAACAACAAGAAACUCCUGGGCCGAGUGAAGGCCUUUGACAGGCAUUGCAACAUGGUGCUAGAGAAUGUGAAGGAGAUGUGGACAGAGGUCCCCAAAAGCGGCAAGGGGAAGAAGAAGUCCAAGCCAGUCAACAAGGACCGUUACAUCUCUAAGAUGUUCCUACGCGGGGACUCGGUCAUUGUGGUCCUGAGGAACCCGCUCAUCGCCGGCAAGUAGGCACUCCUUCCGGCUGUCAGAGCUUUCUUCCCCCAUGACAAGAUCUGCCCUUUGUAAUGGGAAUAAUAAACUCCUGUGUUUUU